CGUCACGUGUUCAACCUCCCACAACUCCCUCACCUCACGCUCCAACACGACUCCUUCACACACUCCUCUUUAAGGCUGCCGAUUUCCGAAAAAAAAAAAUCAUUUGGUAGAUUUUGAUUUACUUUAUUUACUCCUCGGUGGAAACGUGAGGAGCCGUUUUAAAUAAAAAAGGAGGACAUCAUGUGUUUGAAAUCACACUAUCUGGAAAUAUGUUCAUAUAUGUUUAGGUUUUGUCCCAUGGGGCCUCAUCCUAACUAAAUGAAAGUAAUUCCGCGUGGCGCGGGCGGGGCAGAAAGUGGGCGAUGUUUCACGAGAACAACUCACGGAGCAUCAUCAGGAGCGGGCGCGCACUGAGGACGGGAAGCCGGGGCUGGACGGCGCGCCACUCCCGACAGCCCGGAGACGCGCGACCACACCAUGACCGGGCGCGCGGGAGGUGUUUGUGGUCUCUUUACGGAAGUUAUCUCCAACAAUGAUCAACGGUCUGGCGAAUAAACCCCCAAAGAGCGGGUCUUUUCCUGCGCGCGUCGUCAUGUCGUCAGAUUGGUGAAUUGGCCGCGGAGCUGCGCGCGUCUGGAUGGACUCCGCGCACAUUGUGGCGCUGAAGGUGAUUUUUUUUGUUGCCAAGAUUCAGCCACUCCGGGAUCCACACAGAGCGCGCGCACCGCCAGCGAUGGAUUCCUUUAACGCCAGCGGAAUGGACGCGUUCGCGGUGAUCCACCUGAAUUCCUCCUGGAGUCUUCUGGACAGCGGGUAUUCUUUAGGGGCGAUAGCCGGCAUCGCCGCUCUUGUAAGUUUCCUCAUUCUCUUUACCGUCGUUGGGAAUAUUCUGGUGGUUAUCGCGGUGUUGACGAGCCGCGCGCUGAAAGCCCCGCAGAACCUGUUUCUGGUGUCCCUGGCCACCGCGGACAUCCUGGUCGCCACUCUGGUGAUGCCCUUUUCCCUGGCGAAUGAACUCAUGGGCUACUGGUAUUUCGGAAAUGUUUGGUGCGGUAUUUAUCUGGCUUUGGAUGUUCUGUUCUGCACCUCGUCUAUUGUCCACCUGUGCGCAAUAAGCCUGGACCGCUACUGGUCCGUUACGCAGGCGGUAGAGUACAACCUGAAGCGGACCCCCAAGCGCGUCAAGUGCAUCAUCGUGAUCGUGUGGCUCGUGUCGGCCUUCAUCUCGUCCCCGCCGCUGCUGUCCAUAGACAGCGGCUCCGCCAUCGGCUCCCAGCCUCAGUGCGCGCUGAACGACGACACGUGGUACAUCCUCUCCUCCAGCGUGGCGUCCUUCUUCGCGCCGUGCUUAAUCAUGGUGCUGGUGUACGUCAGAAUAUACCAAGUGGCCAAAACCAGAACCAGAACCAUGUCGGGUCAAAAGCCCCGGCCGGACGGCGUUACGCAGACGGAGAACGGACUGAGCAAGGCCAGCUCCCCUUUCCGGGGCGAGGGAGAGAACAACGGGCACUGCCAGUGCCCGCCCACGCCCAGCCAGUGCACCGUCACCGGCGGGCGGCCGACGGACGACGCUGACAUGGACAGCUCCUCCUCCGAGGGCAAAGGUCACAGGGCCAAACAGGAGGACCCCAAGGCAGCCAAGAAGGCCGGCCGCCUGAAGAGCUCUCUCUCCAAGCAGUCCACGCGCAUCUCCAGGGUCAGCAACAAAUCCAUGGACCUCUUCGCCUCCAGGAGGAAACGGCGCCGCAGCUCUUUGGCCAGGAAGAAGGCCUCUCAAGCCAGGGAAAAGAGGUUCACGUUCGUCCUGGCUGUGGUCAUGGGGGUGUUUGUGGUGUGCUGGUUUCCCUUUUUCUUCAGCUACAGCCUGUACGGCGUGUGCAGGGACCCCUGUAAGAUCCCCGACCCGCUCUUUAAGUUCUUCUUCUGGAUCGGCUACUGCAACAGCUCCCUGAACCCGGCCAUCUACACCAUCUUCAACCGGGACUUCAGACGAGCCUUCCAGAAGAUCCUGUGUAAGUCCUGGAAAAAGUCCUUUUGAAACUCUGAAGCAGAAUGGCUGGACCGCCGUGACAAUCUCAAAGGAAUUAUCCAAGUGAUUUAAAAAAAAAAAAAGACGCUUUUUUUUUUUGUCUAUUACUUCCCUUGUUGCAGUUUUGUCUCAAUGUCCUGUUGUAAUUCAGUGCACGCUGUUAACCACCGACCGGGUGUCUCCACAAGGUCUGCAAGCCGAGCGCCGCCUCUCUUUUAUUAAUCCCGACGUGUGCUGUAAUGCUUCGUGGUGUUUGAUCAUUAGCAAGCUCCACAAAAGAACACAACACAUGGCCGGAUUUUGUCUGCCUGGAGGCCACAUGGCGAAAAUGGCCUCCCGGCGACGGAUUUAAUCCCACUCACUCUGAGCAACGUGUGUACAGCUUGUGCGUCACUUUUUGUAACAAAAUACUACUUGUGCACGGAUUUGCUGCGGUGGAAUAUUUAAUUGAGAGAUGCGUAACGACGCAGGAACACGUCACUGACAUAAUGGAGGUUUUAAAAACGGCAUUUUUGAAACAAGGGAUCCUUUUUGUGGGCCAUGUGCUGCUGCGUAGCCUAGCUUAGCAACCCAGAAACAGCUAGCCUGAAACCCCCCCCCGCCCCCCAAAGGGAACAAAAGAUGUCUCGUGGCACACCCAAUGCUCACUUCAUACCUAGAUGGUUAAAUCAUCGAAGCUUAAAAGUGACAAUUUGCAGUUUCACGAUCGGUUGGGUACUUUUUUUUUUUUGUCGUUGUUGGAAGCAGUUGCCGGGCAACCAGGGGAGCCUCAAAUGAGGCAAGUGUUCCUGUAAAACGUUUGUUUUGACACUGCAGAUUUUGUACACAUUAAACGAAAAAUAAUCACAUUAAAAUGAGUGCGCUUCAAAAGGCUUUUGAUGGUUUCAGCUCGUUUCUAAAUGCUACGCUAAGCCGACUGACUGCUGGCUGCAGAAACAUCACAGUAGAGAUAAAUGCGUUGCACUGAAGUUUUUGUAUUGUUUCCGUACUUUCCAAAAUGUCUAUUCAUUCAAAAGGAUGAGAUGAAGCAGAUACUGUAAUAUCUGGUCCCCUUUCAUGUCAACGCUGUGCUUUUCAUUCCGCCUAUUUGUAGAAAAAAAAAGGUUUCAAUUAACCAACCAGCUCGCACAUAGUAAGCCUGGAGCUAUUGGAGCAGCUGUAAACCCAGAUUGUUAUUCCAGCACACACACACACACACACACACACACACACACACGCGCAGAGCGAUGGUUUCCAGCCCGUUUCCACGUGCAUUCGCAGAAAAUGAAUCUCUGUUCACAUUUGACCCCUCGUUACAUGUUGAUGUUUGUCUACGAGACAUUUUCAUCUUAUGACCACAAUGGUUGGAAAUGUGCAAAAAGGAAAUGUGCCCACAUGCUGUUUUGGCUCUGAAUGCCACGGCGUCGUUGGGCGAUUGGGUUAUUGUCUCGCUCUGUCACCGUCUCACAUUGCACACGUUUUUUUU